GGUGGUGGCCGUAGAUGCUCUGGUGCUGCGGCUGCUCGUGGGAGAUGUAGGGGGAGGUGGCCUGGUUGUAGAACAUAGAUGGCGAGGUGAUGGUCAUGCCGCUGCCAACAGCGGACCCGGUGUCCAUGGCCUCCAUGAACGAUGGCGAAAACAUGUUGGGCGUGGCCAGAGUCGGGUCAACUCGUUCUGCGAGCGUGUGACAGCAACCCGCAGCGACUGGGGCCGGCGCGAGCUGUAGCGGCUGCCCGAGGAGGAGCUGCCCAUGAUGUUGCUGUGCUGAGAGCUGUCGUCGUACUCGCCACACCGGUACUGCUGCGAUCCCGAGAACCCCAGAUCGCCCAGGGUCAUGCCCUCGGUGAUCGCAUCAGCGAUGGUCUGGACUGUCAGCGGCAGCCGACGACGGCGGAAUCGGCAGCGACGACAUGGCCGAGUGUGUCAGCGACUGGCUGUACCCAGGGCUGUGGUAGUACUGCGCGCUGCUCCCCUGGGUGCCGUCGCCCAUGUGGAACAGGCCUGUGUCGCGGCCGUUGGCAAAGCUGUACUCGUGGGCGUUGCUGCUGCGCCGAUCGUCAGUGACAGUCAUCCGGACGCUUGCGCAGACGAGCGUUGUCCUGCGCGUCGUAGUCGCUGUAGCCCGAAGAAAGGCUGGCGGCUGCGGCACUCAGCUGGUCAUAGUGCUGGUUGGCGUUGCCAG